AUGGCUUCAAAACUCAGGUUGCAGACUCACACACUUAAUAGAGAGAAGCUUCUCAACUGUUUGGCUCACAUCUAUAGAAAUUAUCAUAAUAUUGGCUUAGUCAAGACCAAUGACAGUAUCUACCUCUGGUUCCAUUUGACAAAUAGACCAGCUAGAGCUGAAGAUGCUUUAGACAUUUACAAAUUCAAACAUCAGCUAAUUAUCUCUCUGAUCACUGGAGUUAACAAGUUCAUCAUCAGCAAUCUUCAGAAGAAAUGGAAGACCACUGGACCUAACCAUGCUUGGAAAUUAAUCUUCUAUUCAUAUUACACCAAGUAUGCUAAGCCAGAGAAUAAAACUGGAUUUCACUAUAUCAAUGUCAACAUUCCAGAUGCUAUUACUACUGGAAGGGAUAUUAACAUAAUACAAGAAUUCUUGAUCUUAAUAGCAGAAGAGCCCAGCAACUGCACAGAAAUCUUGCCAGAAAUGCAUAAUCAUCUAGAGAAUUGA